CUGAGAUUCUCCCAUUGAACUUCGUGUCCGAGACAAAAAGACACGGACACUGCCACCAAAAAGACAGUUCUUCCAGCUGCUGGGUAGUCUGGGUUCGACAGCACUUCCAUCAAGUCAGGAGUGGGACAAAUGGCUGGAAAGAAGAAAGAAACAACACUGCAGAUUACUGUCUCGAGCCAGGAGCAAUGGGAUGAAAUGCUGGCUGUAACUGGGCUGACUGUGGUUGAUGUGUACCAAGGGUGGUGUGGUCCAUGUAAGGCUGUGAUUAGCCUAUUUCGGAAGAUUAAAAAUGAGUUGGGAGACGACCUCUUGCAUUUUGCAGUGGCCGAAGUGGACAAUGUUGACUCUCUACAAGAGUACAGAGGGAAAUGUGAACCCACUUUCCUUUUCUAUGGGGGAGGUCAGCUGGUUGCAGUUGUGAGGGGGGCAAAUGCACCAUUGCUCCAGAAAACCAUUCGCGAACAUUUAGUUGCAGAAAAGAAGGUGCUUGAAGAGGGAGCUGACCGGAAAGUGAUCAAAGAUGGAGGUUUAGUAAAAGAAGAUGACGAGGAAGUGACAGUGCUGCCAGUUGAUGAAGAGAAAGAACUCGUUACUGUCAAUAAGGCAUUCACGGUUGCAAUCAUCAAACCUGAUGCUGUGGCUCAUGGGAAAGCAGAUGAUAUAAUAAUGAAGGUUCAGGAAGCAGGCUUUGAAAUUAUCUGCCAAGAGGAGCGGACAUUAACAGAAGAUGAGGCACGAGGCCUCUACCAACAUCAGUCAGAGGAGUCUCAUUUCGAAGAGCUAAUUCGCUUCAUGUCAAGUGGUCCCUGCCGUGCUCUGGUCAUAUCCGAACCUGAAGGAACAGAUGAAGUCAUUCCUCUGUGGAAAGAGUUCAUUGGCCCAACAGAUGUCGAAAUUGCAAAACAGGAGAAACCUGAAAGUCUCCGAGCUCUAUACGGUACUGAGAAGCUCUUCAAUGCAGUUCAUGGAUGUGAUGACAAGGAACAAGCUGCCAGGGAACUUGCAUUUUUCUUCCCCAACUUUGGGGCCGGCUCUGAGGCCCAUAAUGAUGCUGAGACUGGCCAACGUGUGGAGAAGACCUUGGCUCUGAUCAGGCCGGAUAUCUUAAAGGAUAAGAAGGAAUCCAUCCUGCAGAAGAUUAGUGAGGCUGGCUUAACAAUAGCCAUGCAGAAGGAGAUCUUACUUACAGAAAAACAAGUUUAUGAAUUUUACAGAGAGCACACGGAAGCAGAAUAUUUCCCAGCACUGCUUCAGAACAUGACCAGUGGGCCUGUACUUGCUUUGGCUCUUGCCAGCAAUGAUGCUGUUUCACGUUGGAGGAAUCAGCUAGGGCCUCAAGAUGUGCGUCAAGCGAAAGAAGAAGCCCCUGAAAGUCUGAGGGCACGGUUUGCAGUGGAAUCUAUUCCAAUAAAUCAGUUGCAUGGCAGCAACACACCAGAGGAAGCAGAAAGGGAGCUGAAGUUCUUCUUCCAAAUGGAACAUACGCUGGCUGUCAUCAAACCUGAUGCAAUAGAGAAUCACAAAGAUAUGAUUGUACAGAAGAUUGAAGAAGGAGGCUUUAUUAUUUCACAGAUGGAAGAAAAAGUAUUUAGCAGAGAGCUGGUUGAAGAGUUCUACAAGGAACACAAGGGCAAGCCAUUCUUUGACAAGCUGAUUGACUAUAUGACUGAAGGUCCAUCAUUGACGAUGAUUCUAAGUAAGGAGAACGCAGUAGAAGAAUGGAGAAAUUUGAUGGGUCCAAGAGAUCCUGAGAAGGCCAAGAAAGUAGCACCAGAUUCUUUGCGAGCCAAGUUUGCAAAGGAUGUCUUACGGAAUUCCUUGCAUGGUCCCACAGAUCGGAUGGAAGCCAUGGAAAAAAUCAAGUUUCUGUUUGGGGACAUAAAUAUCGGAGUGGAUGGUAUUGUCCAAGGUAUUGAACCAAACUUGGAGAAAAUAGUUUACCCGGAGUAUAUGGAGGAAUCAGAAGGUACACAGCUAAGAGCUGAUGCAGUGGACUCAACAGAGAAAACUGAAGUAGGUGAUGAAACUCCUGUAGACACUCAGAUUGAAAACUCAAAGAGCACCUUUGAUGAGAACUUGCAGAAGAAUUUGCCAGAAGAAGCUCCAGAGGGGCAAGUUAAUGAAGAAGAUUCCGUGGUGGCAUCUAAUGAGGUGGAGGCAAAAGAAUUGGCUUCAGCAGAACCUGAAUCUCCUGAUGAUGCUUACGCUGAGCACUUGAAUAUAAGCUCUCCAGAUGGACCCACAGAGGAGGAGAAGGAAAAUGCAGAAGGAAAUAGUUCCAUCAGUGAUUCCAUAUAAUCAGCAGAGAAGACAUUGGCUGAAGCUGCACAUAUGACCCUAUUACAAACAGUGCAACACAGCUCUUCAACAGCUCAGACUGACUAUGGCAGUCUGAUACAGCAAAAAAAGCACCUUAACACCAAAAAAAUACAUAUAUGAAAUUGAAGUCUCUUUGAGGUAUUUUUCUUCAUCUGAUUCCUCACAGAACAACGUCUAUCAUUAAUCAACCAUUACAUUGUUCUCUUUUUAAGUCUGGUUUGGAUAGUAACAAUCCAGCUUUAAUUGAUAAAGGCUGAUUUAUUGAUGACUGAAAACUUGAUAUGUCAGUAGGUCCAGCAUACAACACUGGCUAGCAUGACACGAUGACAGCGCGGGGCAUUCAGGGAGUCAGAGCUCAAUUCUGACGCUGUUCCGUGAAUAGUCCCUGUGGAAUGCAUGGGUUUUCCUCGGGUGCUUCGGUUUCCUCCCACAGUCCAAAGGCUGUUAAUUGGUCAUUGUAAAUUGUCUCGUGAUUAGGUUAGGGUUAAUCGGGGUUGUGGGCUUACUGGGGCUUUGGCGGCUUGAAGGACUGGAAGGGCCGACUCCAUGCUGUAAUGCUAAAUAAAUAAAUGACUACCAUGCCUUGAUUUUUUUUAAAGUCACAUGAUGUUGUCCUAUUUAACAUUAUUGGUACUAAUCAUUCAACUUCUGUCAAUUUUACUUCUAUGUUUAUGAUCACUAGUUAUUAAACUCGUCACCAGAAGGAAUAGAUUUUCUCUUUCCAGUGCAUCAAGACCACUCAGCCUCUUGAAGAACUCCAUUUUAUUGCAUUCUAGUCUUAGAGUCAUACAUCAUGGAAACAGGCGCUUAUUCCCAAUUAAUUUUCUGCUGCUCAAGAUAUCCUUCUGAGCAAAUACAAUUUGCUUGCAUUUGGCCCAAAUUCUUCUUUUCUAUGCAUCUUUUAAAAGCUGUAAAUGUACCUCCCACUAGCAUUUCUAGCAGCUUGUUCCACAUACACAUCUACUUCCUUCAAACCAAUGCCUUCCGGUUUUAAACACUUACUGUGAGGAAAGGAUUGUAGUCACCCACCUUACUUAUAUCCCUUAUGAGUUAAUAUACUGUAUCUCCGCUUAAUCAAUCUUAGCCUCCAAAGUUCCCGGGAAAACAGGCCUCAGCCUAUCCAUUUGUCAAACAGUUCUGUCCUAGCAACAUUCCUGUCAAUCUUUCUGUACUCUCUCUAACUUAAUGACAUUCUUCCUAUUAGCUGGAACUGCGCAGAAUAUUCCAAAUACAGUCUCGCCAAAGUCCUGUAUAGGCCUAUCAUGACACUCAUGACUUGUAUCCAAUGUGCUAAUGAUGAAAGCAAUGUCUUCUUCACCAACUGUGUUGCCAUUUUCAGGGAACUACGUACUCGUACCCUUCCUUGUUGUACAACACUCUCAUGAGCCCUGCAUCUAUUGUGUAAGUCCUGGCUUGGUUUAACUUCCCAAGAUCACACUUACCUGAGGUAAAUUUCACCAGCCGCUCCUUGGCCCACUUUCCCAGUUGAUCUACAUCCUUUUGUAAUCCUGCAUAAUCUUGACUACUAUCCACUACACCACAGACUUCGGUAGAAUUGGCAGUCUUAUUGAUCAUACUAAAUUGUAAAUAUGACUAAAUUUGAUUCUUCCACAUUUUAAGGAGCAUUAGCGCUGACUAACCUCUGUCAGCAUCCUGCAGACCUUGCAGUAAGGCUCCUUGGAAUCCUUGCUGAGGCCUUUAUAUCAAAAGAUUAAAAAGUUUUAUUUUUCACAUGUACAUUGAAUCAAAGUGAAAUGCGUCAUUUUGCGUCAAUGACCAACACAGUCUGAGGAUUGUUCUGAGAGUAGCCUGCAAAUGUCACCAAACUUCUGGUGCCUAAUUAGCAUGCCCAGAACUCACUAACCCUAACCCGUAUAUCUUUGGGAUGUAGGAGGAAAUUGGAGUGCUCAGAGGAAACCCAUGUGGUCAUGAAGAGAACAUACAAAUUUCUUACAGUGGUGGGAAUCGAACCCUGAUUGGUGAUUACUGGCAUUGUAAAGCAAUUGCUCUAACCGCUAAGCUACUGUGCUGCCCACCUCAUAAAACAAGGUGCCUAAACAACCCACGUUACUGCAGCUAACUAGCCAUUGAUUGGACAUGCAUGCACAUUGGAUUUAACUAAGGAUGUGAAAAUCACUGUCUCCUUACUCUGGUCUUUUACAUCACUGAGUGUCGUAAUUUACCGAAAGAAACUUUUCAAGUGUGAAGACUGAAUUACAACUUCACUAUGAUCUAUAAGGAAAUGUUGUGAAUGAUAAUGUGUGCUAAUGAUAUUUGUAAUACAUAUAGUUUUAUCAUAAAGUUAUGUCAAUCUAGUUACAGCAGUACAGUAUACUUGAACUGAGAUGUUGCCUGAUUAUUUAAUGGAUCUUGGA